GGCUCAGCCGGCGGCAUGAGGCGCGACCCGGCCCCCGGCUUCUCCAUGCUGCUCUUCGGCGUUUCCCUCGCCUGCUACUCGCCCAGCCUGAAGUCGGUGCAGGACCAGGCGUACACGGCGGCGGUGGUGCUGGAGGGCAAGGUGCAGUCCGUGGGCCCCCCCGCCGGCGGCGGCAAUGACAGCCGAGGAGCCGCCGGGGGGGUCUUGGUCAAAGUGCUCGACCUGUGGCCCCUCAACAGCGGCGGGCUGCAGCGGGAGCAGCUCAUCAGCGUGGGCUCCAAGGCGCCCUGCUUUAAAGUGAAGCGCAACCACCGCUACAUCUUCUUCCUGGAGCCCACCGAGGAGCCGCUCGUCUUCCGCACCGCCUUCGCCCCGCUCGAUACCAGCGGCAAGAACCUCAAGCGGGACGUGGCGCGGAUCCUCUGCGCCGACUGCGCUGUCCCUCCCAAGCUGAAGAAACUGAAAAGCCCAAAUGUUCAUGUUGGUGAGAAGAUUUCACUGAAGUGUGAGGCGACUGCUGGAAACCCUCAGCCAUCCUACAAAUGGUUUAAAGAUGGUAAAGAGCUGAAGAAGAGCAAAGACAUCCGGAUCAAAUAUGGGAAUGGGAAAAAGAUUUCCAGACUGCAGUUCAACAAGGUGAAGCUGGAAGAUGCUGGCGAGUACAGCUGCGAAGCCGAGAACGUGUUAGGGAAAGACACCGCAAAAGGCAGCCUGAAUGUGAAAAGUGGAACAACGAAAGCACCACAAGUCUUACCAGCCUCAGAAACUAAAAUAGUUGUUAUGGAAGAAGAGUUAACCACAACUCUCUCCUCCUGGUCCGGGCAUGCUAGAAAAUGUAACGAAACAGCCAAGUCCUAUUGUGUCAAUGGUGGGGUAUGCUACUACAUCGAGGGGAUUAACCAGCUGUCUUGCAAGUGUCCGAUCGAAUUCACAGGAGACCGAUGUCAGCAUUUCGCAAUGGUCAGCUUCUCCAAGCAUCUUGGAUUUGAAUUAAAGGAAGCAGAAGAGCUCUACCAGAAGAGAGUUUUAACCAUCACAGGAAUCUGUGUUGCCUUGCUUGUGGUGGGCAUCGUCUGUGUGGUAGCUUAUUGUAAAACCAAGAAGCAAAGAAAACAGAUGCAUAAUCAUUUACGGCAGAACAUGUGCCCGGCCCAUCAGAACAGGAGCCUUGCGAACGGGCCAAGCCAUCCACGUUUGGAUCCCGAGGAAAUCCAAAUGGCUGAUUACAUUUCGAAGAAUGUUUCUGCCACUGAGCAUGUGAUCCGAAGGGAAACAGAGACAACCUUUUCAGGAAGUCACUCCUGCUCCCCAUCCCAUCACUGCUCCACAGCCACUCCAACAUCCAGCCAGAGACAUGAAAGCCACACCUGGAGCUUGGAGCGGACAGAGAGCCUGACUUCAGAUUCCCAGUCUGGGAUCAUGCUGUCUUCGGUGGGAACCAGUAAAUGCAACAGCCCUGCGUGCGUGGAGGCCCGGGCUCGUCGCGGGGCCGCCUUCUGCAUCGAGGACUCGCGGAGGCCCAUGACACAGUAUCGUGACUCAGUGGAUUCUCUGCGGGACUCACCGCACAGCGAGAGGUAUGUGUCAGCCCUGACCACACCAGCACGCCUGUCACCUGUUGACUUCCACUACUCGAUGGCCACGCAGGUACCCACCUUCGAGAUCACCUCCCCCAACUCAGCACACGCCGUGUCCCUGCCGCCGGCGGCCCCCAUCAGCUUCCGUGUGGAGGAGCAGCAGCCCCUCCUGCGGCGGUACCAGCUCCCCUUCCAGGACACGCAGAGAUAUGACAGCUACUACCAAAGGAAGACCUACCUUAAUGACAGCAUGGGGAGCCUGCCCUCCAGCCCCUUCCGCAUCACAGAGGACGACGACUACGAGACGACGCAGGAGUACGUCACAGCGCUAGAGCAUCCAAAGAAAACAGCCAGCAGCAACAGGCGGUGGAAAAAAUCCAAACUGAACGGGCAUGUCCCUCACAGAGCCAGAGCCGUCCGGGACUCCUUCUCCUUCAGCAGCGCCUCUUACAGUGAGUCUGACGAGGAGCUGGUGGCCGAGAGCACCCCGUUCCUCAGCUCACAGAACAGUGACGUGGCGCACACGGGGUCGCCGCAGCUCCAGCGGCCGGGAGACAGCCGGACUCAGCACCCCAGCAGCAGGCACGGCACCCGUGGGGAGGGUGCCCGGGCCAGCCUGCCACAUGGCACCCCCAAACCGGACCUGGAGCACCUCUAGGCAACCCCCCCCCCCCCCAGCCUGCCCACCCGCAGACAGAACCCGCAUGGAGGAGAGAGACGAGACAAAACGGAACAAAAAAUAUUUUUAUUUUCUAUAAAAGAGGGGGAAAAAAAAAAUAUAACAAAUAAAAUGUUUUAUUUUCAUUUUAGCAAAGUUGUCUUAUAAUAGCUAACGGCAAUGACUUUUUUAUAGGGAAUCUCUAUUUAUAUGUAAUGUCUUGAUUUACAGCUUCUGAGAAAAAAAAAGUAAAAAAGAAAAAAAAAAGAAACAGAAGAAGAAAAGGAAACAAACAAUAAAGUAAAAAAAAAAGUGGGCCAAUUUUUGACUACUUAAAAAUAGAAAACAAAACUAUCGUGGUGCCUUUUGCUGUAUGCUAGUGCUGGGAUUCAUGCCGAGGAUUCUGUUUCAGUAGCAAUUUUAAGAUCAUAGAUUUUUGUUUGGGAGACAAUGUGUCACAAGGGCGCUCUUCCGUUGGAAGAAAACAGCCUUGCCACUUUGCCCCACACCCUGCUAUUAAUGAUCUUAUUCUUUAAGGUAUCAUUUAAACACACAUCAAGGACAUGAGUGGGAGCAUUUCCAUUGUCAUGUCCAGCAGGGCUCUGCCAUGCCCUGUAAAAUAAUUGUAUUGUUGCUUAAAUCAGGAGAAAAACCCAACAGCACUGUACUGAAAUGCAGAAAUAAUGUUUCUUUUGCCACACACGUAGGAAGAGAACAUGAAACGGUGCAGCAGCAGCAGCUCUUGCAGUACAGCUGCCAGGCUUUGGCCACGUCACCUAUGGGUCUGACGCUCGGUUGGUGCCGGUUGGUGGUUGGGCAAGGCAGACACCGGUAUGGAGGUGGUGAAAUCAUGUCCCAUUCCAUGUGGUUGGAUCCUGGCAGGAUGGCCCCAGGUGGGCGCUGUCCAGCCGCAGUGCCCGGUGGCUGUGCCAGGGCUGUGCUAGCUGCAGUGUCCCCUUGGCUGAGCCUGCAGCUGUGGGGAAGCAUUGCCCGCCGUGCUGGGGGGCUGCCGGGCUGAGCAUCCUGCUUGCUGUGCUCAGCUCAGCCCGGGGGAGCUGGCAGGACCCCAGGAGUGUGGACCCACAGCAUCACAUGGCCACUGGGUGCUGUGCCGGGCAGCGGUGGGUUGGGCUGCCCCAGGGUUGGCAGGAGACCCAGCACUUUUGGCCCCGCUUGUUGCCCUUGCCCUGGCCAGGAAGGGCCCUGUGCAGGGCAGCCCAGAGAGCAGAUUGUCCCGUACCUCUGUGCCACGUGUUGUAAAGGCAGUUGUUACCGACUUGUCCUGCCACCAAUGAUGGACGUCACAUUUCUGAACCUGGAGCAGCUCUGGCCAUUGGCUCUGUGUGCAAAGAGACAGUCCUGCAUGUCUGGGCAGCAGAGCAUCCCAUGGAAGUGCCCCUCUCUCCUCAGUUCUCUGCAGCAAACCUGUUUACAUUGUAGCCUGACUUUUUCUUUUUAUAUUUUUACUUCUGCAUGUCCUUUGCAUUUCAGAUACUGUAGAUCGGAUGCAUGGUGAAGCUGUGACUGAGAAGAUAAUACAACAAUUGACAGUGUAUUUCAUUUAACUUUUAGCAAUAAAGUAACUAAAUCCUCUAUUCCUCACCCAUUAUGGGGUCAGAUAGAAAACUCCGCUAAUUUGUCAUAAGAUGAUUGUCAAAGUUUGCUCUGGAUUGUCUGAAUGUCAGAACUCUCGACUGUUUAACACUUGAACAUUUUUUUAUAUUAUAAAUAAAAUAAGAAAUAUCAA